AUGGGCGAUCUGCCCCGACAACGGUCGUUGCAUCAAAAAUAUGUAUUUGCAAAUAUUGAAGCUGCAGCUAAUUACCGCAUGUGCUCCAACUUAUGGAACGGGUAUUUUAACUGGACAUGGACGUACAAAUUGAACUCCGACGCAGUUUGGGGAUAUUUCAUAGUUAGAAAUGCAAGUAAACACGUCAUUGGACCACAAAUUAAUGUUCCUUGGGUUAAUGCAGAAGAAAUGGAUCCAGUAGAUGAUGAGUUAAAGAUGAAACUUAGAACUAAAACAAAGGCAAGCGCUUGGUUUGUGUCCAAUUGUUAUACAGUUAAUCGAAGAGAAGAAUAUGUAGAGAAUAUUAAAAAACAAUUGAGUUUGUAUAAUUUGACUUUAGAUAUUUACGGUGAGUGCGGGAGCCUGCAAUGUCCCAAGAAUAUUAUGUCUAGAUGCUUAAAACAUUUGCAGCAUAAUUACUAUUUCUAUUUCGCGUUUGAAAACGCUCUUAACGAAGAUUAUCUUACAGAAAAAGUUUUACAUGCUUUAAAUUACAAUACUGUUCCUGUUGUCUUAAGUGGAGUAGACUAUUCAAGAUUUUUGCCGCCCGGUUCUUUCUUGGAUGCUCUUGCGUUGGGACCUGAGAAAUUGGCUAAGUCUAUGUAUGAUAUAAUUCAAAAUCCAACAUUAUACUACAAAUUUUUCAGAUGGAGAAACUAUUAUUCAUUUCACUUAAGGCAUGAAAGUCCGAAUACCGAUGAUUAUUGUCAUUUCUGUGCCAUGGCUAAUGACGACAACUUAAUGUCGAUUACUAGCAUUUAUGAAGACUUUGACUCUUGGUGGAAUUCUUCCUUGCAAUGUAACCAUCUCUUUUAUGAUGACAAUUAA